UUCAUUCAACUUUGUGCCGCUCGAGCGUGCGUAUAUAGUUCCCUCUCAUCAGCAUCAGUAUCAGUAACGACAUCAGUAUCAGUUCCUUCGCGAGUACCCAAAAGAACAGAUUCAAGCCGAUCGGAAAUCAGUUAUAAAAAACGAUUUAAGUCGCAGGCCAAGUACGAAGAACGCGUAACUCCAGUGCUCCCCAUUGGGUGUUUGCCUUAAAGUGCGCCAUAAACUAAAAGCCGAAGCUAAAGCUGAAAACUGAACAACGCCCACCGCGACACCACCACCCACUGGCCACCCGUGAAAAAAGGGGAGGAGAGGCGAAAUCACGGAGCAGCGAUACGCGCCGAAACAAAAAAAAGAUAAAGCCGCUUCACAGAAGGGGAAGAGGAAGAGAAAGAGGGAGCACAGCGACGUUGCCGCUUUUCACCGACCAAUCAGCCAAGCAGCCAAAAAGGCAGCAAUUAACCGGCGGCGUUAUCUGGGCGAUAGCGAUUAGAGUGGAGGUGGCGAGAAAAGCAGGAAAGCAGGAAAGCAGCAGAUACCCGCUGGAAGCGAACCCCGUUGAGUGGAAAAGCCCGGCCGCGGAGCGCGAUUGAGAGGGCAACGGAAAGCGGGAGUGGAGCCCAUUGAAAUCCCCAUUUGCCGAGAGCGGGAGCCCCCAGCUUGGAGAGCCCCGAGCACCCCACUAAGCGCCAAACACUCGACACUCGACACUCAACACCCGACACUCAACACUUAACACUCAACACUCAACAAUCGAGACUCGAAACUCAGCGCGGAGCAGAAGUACACAUAUCGCCUGUCAAAAUGUUUGCUGUAAUGCGAAUCGACAACGAUGACUGCCGGUCCGAUUUCCGCCGCAAGAUGCGUCCGAAGUGCGAGUUCAUUUGCAAGUACUGCCAGCGGCGGUUCACCAAGCCGUACAACCUGAUGAUCCACGAGCGCACCCACAAGUCCCCCGAGAUCACCUACUCGUGCGAGGUGUGCGGCAAGUACUUCAAGCAGCGCGACAACCUGCGCCAGCACAGAUGUAGUCAGUGUGUUUGGCGAUAAGCUAAAAUACUAUAUAAACAUAUAUAUAAAUAUAUAUAAAACCACACACAGAGCAAUAUAUAAAGUAAAACCGAUAUCUAAGCACCGCCGCACCAACAACAGCACGCAAUAUCACAGCUAUAUCUUACACACACAUAACGAAUGAAUGGGAUCUGAUGAGGCAACUGCAACACACCCGCCUACUUCUCCAUGCACCACUCUUUAAACAUAUAUAUAAAUACACAUAUAGAAAUAUACCUGCAACGCCAGAAACUGCAAUAUUGCUUAAACUACUAGAUGCAAUCUACAGCCACGACAAGCGAUUACAGUGAAUGGAAUGCUAAGUUCAGGUGUUGGUUUCCAAUCUAUUCGGUUAUCUGGUCUACACAAUGCACUUGCCACGCCCCCAUCAACAGCAGGCAAAAGUACAUCCAAAUGUUGCGCAGGCGCAGCAGCAGCACAACUGCAACAGCAACAGCAACAGUUGCAUUGUUGCACUGUGGCAGCGAACAGUGCAACAGCUGCCACCACAUUUUCAAUAAUACUUGCAGAAAUCUACACAUGGACACUUGUGGGCGUGGCUGCUUCGGCAAAUGAUGGAGCAGCUGCCCCAAAGCAGCCUGCGACUUGCAACACCUAAUGCCGAGAACUUGCAACAUCCUAAAAACAGUUGCAGCCACAAAACAAACACAUGCAGCUCUCAAGUGGCGAAACUGACUGCGACCCGCCAACACCUAGCCAACAGCAACAUGCAACAUCCAGAACUAAUAGCAGCAACACCCCACCAGCAACAUCAGAAACUCAACUUAAACAGCUAACAAAUCCGCUUGCAACACAAUAGCAACUUGUUGCCCCUCGAGUGUGUUGCUCGUGUUGCCGGUGAAAGUGCAAUUAAGCCAGAGCUUCUUGUGCUUUUCGAAAUCAGGCAACAGCAGCAACACACAGAGCAACACUCCAGUAACAGCAACAGCGCACCACAGCAACUUGCAACAUCGAUCAGCUGCAACUAUCUUGCCGUAAUAAACAUUAAAGAUUUACACCCACUCUCGCUAUACUUUUAUGAGUAAUGAAAAUUAAUUACAACCUAAUAAUAAUAUUAAAAACGCAAACAAUCAAAAGCAAACACCACACACACAUACAUCAUAAGUAUUUGUAUUUUAAAAUCGAAAGAAAACCACGUUGAAAAUGUAUUACAUAAAAUUAAUAAUAAUUAAUAAUAAUAAUAAAAACAAUUAUUAAAUAAAUAUUUACGAUAUGCAUUGUUUUGUUUAGGCUUAAAUUUAAAAUAAAUAGAACAAAAAGAAAAAAAAAGAAAAAUUGUGCGCAAAAUCAACGAAAAAUAAUGCGAGAAUUGUUUUUUGUUUUGUUUCCUUCUUUUAAGUGCCCGGCAAUAAGAUUGUAAAUGUUUUCCGCUAUUUAUAAUAAAAGAUUGAAUAAUUAAUAAUGCCAUCCUCCCUCUGGAUAUUUUCUGUUUUAUUUCCCCCAAAUAAAUCAGCUAAAGGAUAAACAGCAAGCAGUUUGUAAACAGACCUAGAGUUAAAUGGCGAAUGAAUAAGUAAUUAAAUAAACAUAUUUAUACAAUUAAAAGAAAAUCCUACAAGAAAA